UUUUAUCUUCGGUUUAUGUUCCAAUUUUUCUAUCAUCUCUUGCAUAGACGAGGCUAUGGUGUGCUGGCCGGUGGGUUUUACAUUGGGUGAUGCCUCCAAGGAUCGAAUUCGGAAUACGAUUGUGGGUUUCGAUCUCGGAACAGAAGAGUUAAUCGAAGUGCCUCAACCUAAUUGCGCUGAUAAAAGCUAUCUGUUGGAUGUGGGUGUCUUGGAGGGACGCCUAUGUGUUGUUUGUAAUUAUGACCAAGAGAAGAUUGAUGCUUGGGUUAUGAAGGAAUAUGGGGGAUGAUUUCCUUUCAAAAGGAUUCAAAUUGGUCUUAUAAUCAAAAUGAAGAAAAUAUACAGUAUGAGCAAAGUGCGGACGAAGUUAAAUUGCGUCUUAU